UGUUUGCCGGCGCGACGGCCGAUCAAUCGUACAUUCAUUCAUUCGACUAGUUUCAAAUUGAAUUACCAAUUGAAUUUAAUUAGCGCGGUGAAGGGUUAAUUCUGAAGAUAGGUUAUCUUAAGAUUGUUUAUAAUGUUAGGUGUGAGUGUUGUGUAUUGACAGUUUUUGUUGCAAGUUUGUGAUUGUUCGUGCUACACCAUGGAGUUCUCGUACGCAAACGAGACGCUGGCGGAGUCGGCAAUGGUGAGCCACCUUAAAGGGGUGGGGAGGCUUUUCUAUCUCAUCACGCCGCAAGAACACAUGUUUGAAAGAAAGGAGGAUGUACCUAACUUCUUUAAACAGUCAUGGCCGUAUUUCCUGAUAUUCAUGGUGCUGGAACACAUAGUGUUAAGACUAGAGGGCAAGCCUGGGAUCAGACUGAACGACGGGAUCACCAGCAUCUCCCACGGGAUCCUACAGGAAUGUGGCAGAAUAUUAUGGAGAGGCGCCGAAUCGUACCUAUACACAUGGAUAUACACCAACUUCAGAAUAGUGGAGUUGCCCUGGGACAACGUGUGGACGUGGUACGCAGCGGCGUUGGGGGUUGACUUCUGUUACUAUUGGAUGCACAGAGCAUGCCAUGAGGUGCACAUCUUAUGGGCACAACAUCAAGUCCAUCAUACGUCGGAAGAUUUCAACAUGGGUGUCGGCAUCAGACAGUCUAUAUUGCAGGGAUGGUGCGGAUUCAUCUUCUAUCUUCCUCUGGCGCUGGCCAUCCCCCCAGCCCAGUUCGUGAUGCACCACCAGUUCAGCUACCUGUACAUGUUCUGGAUACACACUGAAGCCAUUAAGAGCCUCGGGCCUCUGGAAUACAUCCUCAACACGCCUAGCCACCAUAGGGUACAUCAUGGCAGCAACAAAUACUGCUUAGACGUUAACUACGGAGGCGUCCUAAUCAUCUGGGACAGGCUGUUUGGCACCUUCCGACCCGAGACGGACAAGAUCCAGAUCGUCUACGGCCUUAUUUACAACCAGCCUUCUUUCAACCCCAUGUAUUUACAGGCGUUUUACACAGGUUACGUGGUGGAGAAGUUUCGUCGUCUAGAAACAGCUGGUGACAAGUUCAGGGCGAUAUUCUGGGGACCCAGCUGGGAGCCAGGACAGGCGAGGCUGGGAGAUGAGGACCAGAAAAUAGAUAUCGAACAGAGAGAGAAAUACGACGUAGCGCUACCGGCGUGGUGCAAUCUUUAUCUGGUGUUGCAUUACGCUGUGGUCUUCUACGGAUUCUUCGAGCUGGCUUCUAGAUACAUGGGCAUGUCCCCACUCUCCGUCCUAAUCUCCGUCUGCUACAUUAUCUGGUCCCUCACCGUCAUCGGGAUGCUCUUCGACUCCUCAACCUACGCUCCUCUCGCGGAGGUCCUCCGCUGUUCCGCGCUGGCCUUCCUCUCGAGGAGUCUGGCCAUCAGCCCAGGUUACGGGACCGCAUUGCAGAUAGUGUAUGUGGCUUCUGCGAUGUUCUGGUGCCUAUAUACUUUGAAGUUGCUUGAGAUUAAGAAGACGAAGAAGAUUGUGUGAAGAGUUGAUAGGCGCUACACAAGUUCUCUGCAUUAGUUAUGGAUACGUGGGAUUACAAGCUAAGCUAGGUUUAUACAUCGCAUUGCGUAACGAUUGGGGUUGUCAUAUGAAAAAAUGGAAUAUCCUGACAAAAAUCCGGACAUCAACCUGAAAUCCUGACAUUUCCUGGACAGUCAUUUCUCAAGAAGUGACCCAGUGGGGCACUAGCCUCUUAACUCGUCACCACAUGCUGUAGCUAGGGCAUAACCUUCCAGAGGUUAGUUGAGUUUUCUGAUUCUGAUUCUGAAUCUUGACCUAUGGCAACCCUACUCGUUGUCUACAAUUUAUGUAAGCAAAAUACAGACUUAGUUUUUAAAACUUUGUAAUCUCUGAGUAAUGAUCGUAUUGACAGUAUUUAAAAUGAUCUUUUGUGUAGCGUCUAACUAGUUAAUGUGAAUUGUACCUCUUUAGGUCUACUUUGUAUAUUUUUAGUACCAAAGCCUGCCACUACUGUGCCUUAAAUAAUAGUUAAUAGUUAGCUUUAGACCUACUAUUUGUAUGACUAGAUUUAAGCGUAAAGAAACUCGCAUAUUUUAUUGGUUUAUCAAACCGGAUUUUUGAGAAAAAACAGACGUUUAAUCAUUUCUAGAUGAUUUAUAGUUUUUCUUGUAUGAAAGGGUAAAUGUUGAUUUUGAAAUUAGGUAUUGUCACAGUUAUAGUAAGUGUACAAGACCGCUUUAAGGUAUUAUGGAAAUCUAGAUUUUUUCCACGUCAUCCUAUCGUAAUGCUGUGGUAAUAGUGAUAAGGGUAAUAAAUUUCAAACAAGUUAUACAAGAUACCAUUAAUAAUUUUUACUAGAGCGUCACUAUUUAUAGUACCUAACGUUAUUUUAGCACCAUAGUGAAGGAUGACACGCUAGUACGCUCCGGGUCCGGACCGAGGUAUCCGCUCCGACGCUUCAGUUUUCUAUAGAAAUCAUCAUGGGAUUACCGAUCACCCGUCAUAGAAAACGAGGUGUCGGAUACCUCGGCUCUGUUCUAUACUAUUCUAUUAUAUUAUAUUCUAUUC